GUUGUUGUGCACUAGCUAGGUCAGAAAGAGCUUGAAUGUACAGGUUAUUUUGGGAUCUUGGCUCUGGGUAAGAUGAGAAUACCUAGAAAUAUCCAGAAAACCUAGAUAGCUGGAGGUAAACACCCGAAUCCUACAAGAACAGCAUGUACACGAUGCCAGACAGUUUUUGUUUUCUGUCAAGCUUUGAAUUGAAUAAUGUAACGUUUAACAUAGAAGUCUUCUCCUAGCACUGAAAAACAUUUCUAAGACAGCACAGACAUGUCAAAUUAUGUGAGAUAAAGCAGACGAUCCAAAACAAGCGGAUUUGCUGCUAAUUUGGCUUGUUUGUCGUUAGUAGCACUGCUUUAAUUAAGCGUCCCACCCUGGCCCACUUUCUUUCGGCGGUGGGCUGGCGAUUAGACACAGUGUCAUCCCACAAUGGGAUCCAUCCAGCGAUGCAGCUCUUUGAAGUGUCAAGAAUCUUUGUAGGUUUGGAUCUGGGUCACUUACAGUUCAGAACAUGUUGGGUAUUGAGAAAGAGAUUUUCACCAGUAAGGCUGCUUUGGGCUGCUUCAGAAAUCUAGCUGACAUCAUAUCCACAGUUGAGUUCAACUCGACAGGAGAACUCCUGGCCACUGGGGACAAAGGUGGACGAGUGGUGGUCUUCCAGAGGGAACAGGAGAGUAAGAACCAGCCUCACCGUCGAGGGGAGUACAAUGUUUACAGCACCUUUCAGAGCCACGAGCCCGAGUUUGACUACUUGAAAAGCCUGGAGAUUGAGGAGAAGAUCAACAAAAUCCGCUGGCUGCCACAACAGAACGCCGCUUAUUUCCUCCUGUCCACCAAUGAUAAAACUGUGAAGCUAUGGAAAAUCAGCGAGCGAGACAAACGACCAGAGGGCUACAAUCUGAAGGAUGAAGAAGGCAGGAUACGUGACCCAACCACCAUCACAUCUCUGAGGGUGCCUGUGUUGAGGCCCAUGGACUUGAUGGUGGAGGCAACACCACGUCGCAUUUUCUCUAAUGCUCACACCUAUCACAUUAACUCCAUCUCGGUCAACAGCGACCAUGAGACGUACAUGUCCACGGAUGAUCUGAGGAUCAACCUAUGGAACCUGGAGAUCACAAACCGAAGCUUUAAUAUUGUGGACAUAAAGCCAGCCAACAUGGAAGAAUUGACUGAGGUGAUCACAGCGGCUGAGUUUCACCCUAACCAGUGCAACACGUUUGUCUACAGUAGCAGCAAGGGCUCCAUAAGAUUGUGCGACAUGAGAACCUCCGCACUUUGUGACAACCAUUCUAAAUUAUUUGAGGAACCAGAAGACCCCAGUAAUCGCUCCUUCUUCUCAGAGAUCAUCUCCUCCAUCUCAGAUGUGAAAUUCAGCCACAGUGGACGCUACUUGAUGACCCGUGACUACCUCACAGUGAAGGUGUGGGACAUCAACAUGGAGAGCAAGCCUUUGGAAACUUACCAGGUCCAUGACUACCUUAGGAGUAAGCUGUGCUCACUGUACGAGAAUGACUGCAUCUUCGACAAGUUUGAAUGUGUCUGGAAUGGAACUGACAGUGUCCUAAUGACAGGCUCCUACAACAAUUUCUUCCGUAUGUUCGAUCGAAACACUAAACGCGAUGUGACUCUGGAGGCCUCGCGGGAAAACAGCAAACCCAGAGCCAUCCUCAAGCCACGCAAAGUUUGUGUUGGUGGCAAACGUCGUAAAGAUGAAAUCAGUGUGGACAGUCUGGACUUCAGUAAGAAGAUCCUACACACUGCAUGGCACCCCAAUGAGAACAUCAUCGCUGUGGCUGCCACCAACAACCUCUAUAUAUUUCAGGACAAGGUCAACUAGCAUGUAGCUCUGAUGUCUCCAGUUAUCACAGCAACAAGAGGCAUUAUUUCUCUAGAUGAACUGGGGGUGGAAAGGUUGGACUCACUAGCAGUGAACUUGUGAGGAACAUCUAGAUGAGCUUUGCCUUCUACAGCAGAUUUGAUACAGCACUGGAUCUAACAAAACUUGCACUGCACCCACGGACAAUGACACUAGCUGUUGGACUGCUUUUGUUUUUAAUUUCUUCAAAUCUCCCUCGCUGUAGGUUUAUUGGUAAUGCACAGCAAUACAAAGAGGAUCCUUUGACCUUUAAUGUCUUUAAAGGCCCUUUCACAUGACUCAUGUCAGGGCUUGAGCACAUCUCUCCAGCACAAUUUGACCUCCAUGAGAAGCGUCGUAGAUGCCGUCAUGGAAGAAUGUUGCUAGGUUGGAAGAAAUU